AGAUGAGGAUCGAUGCGGCUCAUACUCUCGCUCCACACAAGAAAUCCAACCGACGAAAGGAUAGUCGGAGACAGGCGAGGAGACUGGACUAUUGCAACUGCCCGUGUGUGAAUUCAAGGAACAAUGCCACCUAAGAAGGUGUAUCUGGGAGACGUUGUGAAGAACUUACCAAGCAAUUCUGCUUUCCUGGUGAGAGUCACUCGGAAAUGGAAUGCCCUUUUUGGGGAGAAAAAUCGAGCCAUCAAAUCCAUUGAAAUGAUUUUCAUGGAUGAAAAGGGUACGACAAUUCAAGCCACUGUUCCGAUUCGAUUAAGUCAUCAAUUCAACGCUAUUGAAGAAGGAUUGAUUUAUGCGGUCAAUCACCUAGAAGUUAAAGUGAAUGAUGGAAAGUAUAGGAUCACUGCCCACCCAUACCGCUUUGAGUUGACAGUGUUCACUAAAAUGC